GAAGCCUGGCCGCUGCCCCUGCGUCCCGCGCGCACGUCCGGAACCGGGCACUCCCGCCGCGCCCGAUCCGCCUCCCGGGCCGCGCCCCGCCACUCCCAGAGCCUGGUGCCAGGAUUUCUGCAAUUCUUGGAGAGUCCCGACACUGAGAAGUCUGCGGGGUUUUCAGAGGCUGGGAGUGGAGCCUUAUCCCGAAGACCUUAUCAAAACCGUCUUGGCCCAAGACCAGGCCAGCUGGAGGACUGGUGCCCAGUGACCUUGGAGAGGCCGGCGCCUGCCGUGGGCCUGCCGGGGCCUCCACCCCAGGGGCCGCAGUCUGAGGCCUCCAGGAUCAUGUGGUACGUCAGUACUCGGGGGAUGGCCCCACGGGUUGACUUUGAAGGGGCCCUUUUCUCUGGCUAUGCUCCGGAUGGGGGCCUCUACAUGCCCGAGGAGCUCCCUCAGCUGGACAGAGAGACCCUGCGUCAGUGGAGUGUGGUCUCCUACCCCAGCCUGGUGAAGGAGCUGUGUAGCCUCUUCAUUGGGCCCGAGCUCAUUCCAAGAGAUGACUUAAAUGAUCUGAUCGACCGAGCCUUCAGCAGAUUCCGACACAAAGAGGUGGUCCAUCUAUCCAGGUUGAGGAAUGGGCUGAACGUGCUGGAGCUGUGGCAUGGGGUCACCUAUGCGUUUAAGGACCUGUCCCUGUGCUGUGCUGCACGGUUCCUGCAGUACUUCCUGGAGAAGAGGAAGAAGCACAUCACCGUGGUUGUAGGAACUUCUGGGGACACAGGGAGUGCUGCCAUCGAGAGUGUUCAGGGGGCAGAGAACGUGGACCUCAUUGUUCUGCUGCCCAAAGGUCGCUGCACAAAGAUUCAGGAGCUCCAGAUGACGACAGUGCUGAGAGAGAAUGUCCACGUGUUUGGAGUGGAGGGGAACAGCGAUGAGCUGGACGAGCCCAUCAAGGCCGUGUUUGCCGAUGUGGCCUUUGUCAAGGAGCACAACCUGAUGAGUCUGAAUUCAAUCAACUGGUCCCGCGUCCUCGUGCAAAUGGCCCACCACUUCUUCGCUUAUUUCCGGUGUGCACCAGCCUUAGACUUGCACCCACUGCCCCCCGUGGAGGUGGUUGUACCAUCGGGGGCUGCCGCUAACCUCGCAGCUGGGUUCAUCGCUCAGAAGAUGGGCCUGCCCAUCCACCUGGUCGUGGCAGUGAACUACAAUGACAUCAUCCACAGGACCGUCCAGCGGGGAGACUUCUCUCUGUCUGAGGCCGUCAAACCAACCUUGGCAUCAGCUAUGGACAUUCAGGUGCCGUACAACAUGGAGAGGAUCUUCUGGCUGUUAGCUGGCUCUGACAGCCAGGUGACAAGAGCCCUCAUGGAGCAGUUUGAAAGGACUGGAAGUGUGAGUCUACCCAAGGAAUUGCACAGCAAGCUUUCAGAGGCAGUAACGUCUCAGUCAGUGUCAGACGAGGCCAUCAUCCAGACCAUGGGCCGCUGCUGGGAAGAGAACCAGUACUUGCUGUGCCCUCACUCGGCCGUGGCCGUGAGCUACCAUUACCAGCAGGCGGACAGGCGGCAGCCCAGCCCUCCCCGCUCUUGUCUGGCUCCCGCCUCUGCAGCCAAGUUCCCGGAGGCCGUGCUGGCUGCCGGGCUGACCCCGGAGACUCCCGCGGAGAUCCUCGCCCUGGAGCACAAGGAGGCGCGCUGUACCCCGAUGCGGAAGGGUGACGACUGGACGCGGAUGCUUCGGGGCCUGAUUGAGGACCUGAGCCGGCAGCGGCAGGGGCGCUUCCGGAAAGCGCCGGCGUAGCCAGGCUGGAGCUGGCUUCCUUUAGGCUUCGGACCCUGGGAGGUGUCCCCUCUGAGCUGCCUUGCGCACCUUCUCUCCAUGCUUCGGACCCUGGGAGGUGUCCCCUCUGAGCUGCCUUGCGCACCUUCUCUCCAUGCAGGUGCCUUGCGCACCUUCUCUCCAUGCUUCGGACCCUGGGAGGUGUCCCCUCUGAGCUGCCUUGCGCACCUUCUCUCCAUGCAGGUGCCUUGCGCACCUUCUCUCCAUGCUUCGGACCCUGGGAGGUGUCCCCUCUGAGCUGCCUUGUGCACCUUCUCUCCAUGCAGGUGCCUUGUGCACCUUCUCUCCAUGCUUCGGACCCUGGGAGGUGUCCCCUCUGAGCUGCCUUGUGCACCUUCUCUCCAUGCAGGUGCCUUGCGCACCUUCUCUUCAUGCUUCGGACCCUGGGAGGUGUCCCCUCUGAGCUGCCUUGCGCACCUUCUCUCCAUGCUUCGGACCCUGGGAGGUGUCCCCUCUGAGCUGCCUUGCGCACCUUCUCUCCAUGCAGGUGCCUUGCGCACCUUCUCUCCAUGCUUCGGACCCUGGGAGGUGUCCCCUCUGAGCUGCCUUGCGCACCUUCUCUCCAUGCAGGUGCCUUGCACACCUUCUCUCCAUGCUUCGGACCCUGGGAGGUGUCCCCUCUGAGCUGCCUUGUGCACCUUCUCUCCAUGCAGGUGCCUUGUGCACCUUCUCUCCAUGCUUCGGACCCUGGGAGGUGUCCCCUCUGAGCUGCCUUGUGCACCUUCUCUCCAUGCAGGUGCCUUGCGCACCUUCUCUUCAUGCUUCGGACCCUGGGAGGUGUCCCCUCUGAGCUGCCUUGCGCACCUUCUCUCCAUGCUUCGGACCCUGGGAGGUGUCCCCUCUGAGCUGCCUUGCGCACCUUCUCUCCAUGCAGGUGCCUUGCACACCUUCUCUCCAUGCUUCGGACCCUGGGAGGUGUCCCCUCUGAGCUGCCUUGUGCACCUUCUCUCCAUGCAGGUGCCUUGCGCACCUUCUCUCCAUGCUUCGGACCCUGGGAGGUGUCCCCUCUGAGCUGCCUUGUGCACCUUCUCUCCAUGCAGGUGCCUUGCGCACCUUCUCUUCAUGCUUCGGACCCUGGGAGGUGUCCCCUCUGAGCUGCCUUGCGCACCUUCUCUCCAUGCAGGUGCCUUGCGCACCUUCUCUCCAUGCUUCGGACCCUGGGAGGUGUCCCCUCUGAGCUGCCUUGUGCACCUUCUCUCCAUGCUUCGGACCCUGGGAAGUGUCCCCUCUGAGCUGCCUUGUGCACCUUCUCUCCAUGCAGGUGCCUUGCGCACCUUCUCUCCAUGCUUCGGACCCUGGGAGGUGUCCCCUCUGAGCUGCCUUGUGCACCUUCUCUCCAUGCAGGUGCCUUGCACACCUUCUCUCCAUGCUUCGGACCCUGGGAGGUGUCCCCUCUGAGCUGCCUUGUGCACCUUCUCUCCAUGCAGGUGCCUUGCGCACCUUCUCUCCAUGCUUCGGACCCUGGGAGGUGUCCCCUCUGAGCUGCCUUGUGCACCUUCUCUCCAUGCAGGUGCCUUGUGCACCUUCUCUCCAUGCAGGUGCCUUGCGCACCUUCUCUCCAUGCUUCGGACCCUGGGAGGUGUCCCCUCUGAGCUGCCUUGUGCACCUUCUCUCCAUGCAGAUGCCUUGUGCACCUUCUCUCCAUGCUUCGGACCCUGGGAGGUGUCCCCUCUGAGCUGCCUUGUGCACCUUCUCUCCAUGCAGGUGCAGGAGUUUCUCAGGGUCUGGAGCCAGCGGGCUGUGCUGUUCCCUGGCUGCUCGGUGCUCUCACCGUGGCUGGCUGGCCGUGCUGGGCCUGGUCACCGGGGGGGCGGGGAGGGAGUCGGGGAUGAUUGCUGGGGGUGCACCCCCAGGGCCAGAAAGUGCAGGAACAUCACUGCUUCCUGUGAAACUCUCAGGGCCUGCAAAUGAAAAGUCUGGGGCUCAGGGGCAACAUUGGCUCCAAGAUUUUGGACCCCCAGAUCCUAAAACCUGUGCAGGUGGGGCCCGCUCCCUCCAUUACCACAGGUCUGGCUCUGAGCCUUAGUUUAUCUGGUCCCCAGGUCAGAUCCAGAGGUCUUGGCCACAGGGCUUCCACCCUGUCAAACGUUGGGCAUCCCUGGAAUAAAAGUGCAGGUUCAGGGUGAUGGUGACUCUGCGUGCCCUGUGGGCAGAGCCCGGUGCCUGUCAGGUGGUGAUGGUGGUGCCAUGGUGUCCCGCAUCCAUCUGCUGCCCCAGGUUGGCAGGGGGGCAGGUGGCACAGGAGUUGGGGUUCAGGAUCACCAGAUCCAGGCCAUGUAGGAAAGCAGGGGCCUCAAACUAGGUCAAGUUGCCCUGUUGCUCAUGUACCAGGUUCACCAUUCUUAUUAAACCAAGUCAUGGUCAUAACAGCGAGAAGCAAUGAUCCCUCUUUAAACACUAAAUAAAGUCCAAAUGCCUACAUUUCCAUAGGUACCUCCAUAAUCACGCUGCUCCAGAGAAGUCAAGUUGUUCUUUCCACUGAAGACACGACUCACGCUCUCCCCUCUCCAUGCCUUUGACCCUGCACUUGCCUCUGGGAGACUGUCCUUCUUUGAUGAACCCACAAGUCCCAUCUCACAGGCUAUUUGUCUUGGUUCCUGGUACUUGUUUACUGUGUCUUUUUACUCAUCAGCCCAGCUGGAAGUAAGGACUCCUGUUUCCAAACUCUGGCAGAACUCCAACUGUAGCUUUCUUAAAGUGUGUAUUCCCUUCUGCCCUGUUUUAUGGUUAUCCGCUUGAGACAUUAUCUCUCUGUCUCUAAGCUCCUUGAAGAUAGGAACAAUUGUUUAAUGCAAGGGCUAAAACUUUUUGGAUUUGCCCCUAUUGAUUAAAAAACUUUUAAUAUGUUCUCCCAACAUAUGUGUACUAAAUUAUGUAUAAACUACACAAACCGUGUGCUAAAAUAGACAUGAAGGAAUAAUAACAACACCUAUAUUUAUCUUUUCUCCCCAUUCUCCGAUGGAUUGCCUGUGGGCCUGUCUUUGGCAGUCCUGGUUGAACACAGUGCCUGGUACAUUCCAGAACUAGCAGGAACCAGGGGCAUAGCUCCCCUGUGAUUGCACAUCUGCCAGAUACUGUGCGAUAACUCUCAAAGUGUGGUCCUUCGGUUUAUCCAAAAUACACUCUCCUGGCCCCUACCCCAGACCUUCAGAGACAAAUCUGUGGGCAUGGGUGCGCCAUCUUCAGUCCUUACAAAUGCCCCAAGUAAGUUUCUGUCCUCUCAUUCGGGAAACCUUGGCCAGAGACUUUAAGUUUAUAAAUAAUUUUCUUCCACAGGGAGAUAGACUUUGUUUUCACAAGGGCAUGCUUUCUUCCUGCUGCUAUUUUCAUGAUCUAGCCUGCAUUGUCCAGUUCAGGAGCCACUAACCAUAUAUGACUGUUGAGCCCUUGCAAUGUGAAUAGUCUGACUAAGGAACUGAAUUUUAAAUUUUAUUUAAGUUUAACUUACAUUUAAAUUUCAAAACUAUUACUUGAUUCAGUCAUUGGAAAGCUUUUAGGUAUGAUUGGAAAAAUGCAGGUAUGUGAAUCUACUUUUUCAGCUGUGAAAUUUAUGAAGUACAUAAAAUACAGAUAAGUAUUUCCAAUGAAAAUUCAAUGUUCUGAUUGACAUGUGUCACAAAUGUAAACUACAUAUUGGAUUUCAAAGACUUCCAAUGAAAAAAAUCUAAAAUAUCUCAUUAAUAAUUUUAUACGGAUGACCUGUUGAA